CGAGGGGAAGCCUCUCCCCCUCUGCAACCUCAGCGCCGGGUGCUGGCUCUCCAGCUGUUUGUAGGCCUGGGGGUAAGGGUCCGCGGAAGGGAAAGCCGGCUGCGGCCCCGCCCGCGCACCCGCCGGUCUGGCCGCCCGCUCCCCCCGUCCCAGCGCUCCCGCUGGCGCCGCCCGCCCGGGGGGUGACUCCCGAGAGGCUGCCCGCUCUUCUGACUGACGGGCACCGUUCCCACAGCCGGCGCUACCCGCCACGUCUCGGGUCUCGGCCGACGGCACUGCGUGGCGGGUGACCUUUCUGAACCCAGCGAUGUCUGCUCCCUGCUCCUGGCUAGCGCGGCUUCCUCAGCGCCGUCGGCUCGUGCCGCUCUCGCCCCCGCUGCCGCGGUGGCUGCUGCUGCUGCUGCUGGCCGCCGUGCUGCCGGCGCGCGGCUGGGAGAGCGGCGACCUGGAGUUGUUUGACUUGGUGGAGGAGGUGCAGCUCAACUUCUACCAGUUCCUCGGGGUGCAGCAGGAUGCUUCAUCUGCAGACAUCAGAAAAGCAUAUCGUAAGCUUUCACUGACUUUACAUCCAGACAAGAAUAAAGAUGAAAAUGCAGAAACUCAGUUUAGACAAUUGGUGGCCAUUUAUGAAGUUUUAAAGGAUGAUGAACGAAGGCAGAGGUAUGAUGAUAUUCUGAUCAAUGGACUUCCAGAUUGGCGACAGCCUGUAUUCUACUACAGGCGGGUGAGAAAAAUGAGCAAUGCUGAGCUGGCAUUACUCUUGUUCAUUAUUGUCACAGUGGGUCAUUAUGCUGUGGUUUGGUCAAUCUACCUGGAAAAACAACUGGAUGAACUGCUUAGUAGAAAAAAGAGAGAAAAGAAAAAAAAGACAGGCAACAAGAGUGUGGAUAUAUCAAAACUUGGUGCUUCAGAAAAAAAUGAAAGAUUGCUAAUAAAACCACAAUGGCAUGAUUUGCUUCCAUGCAAGCUGGGAAUUUGGUUUUGCCUUACACUAAAAGCCUUGCCUCAUCUAAUUCAGGAUGCUGGGCAGUUUUAUGCUAAAUAUAAAGAAACUAGAUUGAAGGAAAAAGAAGAUGCACUGACUAGAACUGAACUUGAAACACUUCCAAAACAGAAGAAAGUUAAAGUUAAAAAACCAAAACCGGAAUUUCCUAUAUAUAUGCCUUUAGAAAAUGCAUAUAUUCAGUCUUAUGAUCAUGGAACUUCUAUAGAAGAAAUUGAGGAGCAAAUGGAUGAUUGGCUGGAAAACAGGAACAGAACACAGAAAAAACAGGCACCUGAAUGGACAGAAGAGGACCUCAGCCAGCUGACAAGAAGUAUGGUUAAGUUCCCAGGAGGGACCCCUGGUCGAUGGGAAAAGAUUGCCCACGAAUUGGGUCGAUCUGUGACAGAUGUGACAACCAAAGCCAAGCAACUGAAGGAUUCAGUUACCUGCUCUCCAGGAAUGGUCAGACUCUCUGAACUCAGAUCGACAGUUCACAAUUCCAGGCCCAUCAAGAUGACUGUGGCCUUGCCAGACGACAUCAUCACCCAGCGAGAAGAUGCAGAAAGGGUAGUGGAGGAGGAGGAGCAGGAGGCAGACCCUGAAAUCCGGCCUCGGAGAAGGAAACCGGUCAGGUUGCUUGCAGCGGUAACAAAGGUUGAGCCAGAGGAGAAAUUUAGAGGAAAGAGGCAGAAAGACUUUGAUAUAUCAGAACAAAAUGAAUCCAGUGAUGAGGAGAGCCAGAAGAAAGAGAGAAUUCGUGCUGCAGAGGAGCCAUGGACUCAGAAUCAGCAGAAGCUUCUGGAAAUGGCAUUACAGCAAUACCCAAAGGGAGCCUCUGACCGCUGGGACAAAAUAGCCAAAUGUGUCCCAGCUAAGAGUAAGGAAGACUGCAUCGCUAGGUACAAGUUGCUGGUUGAACUGGUCCAAAAGAAAAAACAAGCUAAAAGCUGAAUGUUCUGGAAGAUGAUGUUCAUGUUCAUUUUCCAAAAUGAGUAUUUCAAAAAUCUUAUGCAGAAAUUUGCAUUUUGUACCUCAGUAUUUCUAUACGUCACGUGCCUUAGUAAAAAAUAAAUAAAUAAAU